UAUCAUCGUCGUAGGCGCUGCUGGGCAGCUCUGUUUGUGUGUGGAGAGAGAUAGAAAGAGAGAGAGAGAGAGAGAGAGAGAGAGAGAGAGAGAGAGAAAGAAAAGAGCGCGCCACUUGGUCCUCGAGUCCGUGCUCACUUUUCGGGCCGCCGGUGAGAGACGCGCACCGCCGCCCAGAACGACUCACAGGGAGCAUUGACACCACCUGCAGGACAAGACUCUUCUCGUUAGGGCGGCGCACCAUCAGAAAGGAAUUUUACGUGCAGCACGAAUCAGAACAACUCUUCAAGAUGCGUCCGCUGGAUCUGUUUCAAAAAGAUCGCCCGCAGGAGACGCUGCUGAAGGAGCGACGGCUGGACGCUAUGUCCGAGACGUCCGAGGGUACCACCACCACGGGCACGAGCAUCUCCGGCAAGUCGAGCCUCGACAACGCCGACGAUCUACGGGACCUGGCCGCCGUCCUCGGCAUCGCCAACCCCGACGAAGUCGAGCAGGAACGCUUCCGCGUCGACCGCCGCAAGCUUGAGCAGAUGCUGCUGGGUGACAGCACCGGCGAGAGCGCCGACAUGUUCUUCCACAAGGUCAUGGAGGAUACCAACACCUACAUCACAUGGCCGAGUAGAUUGAAGAUCGGCGCCAAAUCCAAAAAGGAUCCCCACGUAAAGGUCGCCGGUCUCCCGGACAACAUUCAAAUGGCCAAAGAUCAAAUAACCCAGGUUCUCGACACACGACAAAAUAACCGAGUGACGAUGAAACUGGAUGUCAGUUAUACUGAUCACUCCCACAUAAUCGGUAAAGGCGGCUUGACCAUUAAAAAAGUCAUGGAAGAGACCAGCUGUCACAUUCAUUUCCCUGACAGCAAUCGCAGUAACCAUCAAGAAAAGAGCAACCAAGUGUCCAUCGCUGGCGACAUGGAUGGCGUCGAGAGGGCUCGAGCUCGAGUCCGGAACCUGACCCCCCUCAUCUUCUCGUUCGAACUGCCAGUCAUGGGCAAUUCGCAACUUGCUAUGGCGGCCAACGUCACGCCGUUCUCCAACUCCCCAUACAUUGCCAAGAUCGAGGAAAAGUACAACGUUCAAGUCAUGUUUCGAACGAGACCCAAACUCCACGCCACCCUUGUCGUUAUCAAGGGCUGCGAAUGGGAAGUUUCCAAGGUCAAGGAGGCCACUGUACUCCUUAUCCAUCACAUGUGCGAAAAUCUAGCGAGUCAGAUCCAAGUGCAAAUGUCGAUGGAGAUUUCACCCCAACAUCACAGUGUGGUGCUGGGUAAUAAAAGCAAUAAUCUCAAGCAGAUAAUGCAACGUACCGGCACACAAAUUAUGUUUCCCGACGCAGGCGACCCAAACAUACCAAGCCUGAAGAAGAGUAACGUCACCAUUACCGGCUCCAUCCACAAUGUAUACUUGGCGAGGCAACAGUUGGUUGGAUCUUUGCCACUGGUUUUGAUGUUUGAUUUGCCGGAAAAAUCUAUCAACUCCGUCAUGACCGACGAUGUAGCACGGCUGAUGCAAACUCUUGACGUUUACAUAAACGUACGCCACAAGCCAAAACAAAGCACUCUAUCGAUUGUAGUUAAGGGCAUCGAGAGAAAUGCUAGUAAUAUUUACGAGGCUAGAAGACAACUCUUAGGUUUGGACGAACCUAAGGUCAUUGCUGAUAUUCCUCAGACUUAUCUCGCGCCCAACUCGACAAGCUUUAUCUUACAAGGAGGAACUACAUCGUUGGGCCCUUUCAUCAUCAACGAAAACAUCCCGAGUCCCAGCCUGAACUCAAAUACUCCACCGCCUCCGCCGCCGCCGCCCCAGUCGCAGCCACCCUUCUGCGGUAUCUCGACAUCGUCGACGAUGCCAACGCCAUCAAAUAAUUCCAUUAAUUUCCCAGCUACGUGGGGGUUGGCUCCAAUGCCACCAUCCUUAUUUUCUCCCCUUACCUUGCAUCCAAAUCACCUCACUCCGACUUAUGCCUAUCCGCCGCAUCUCAGUCACCUGUUGACAAUGCAUCAGCAACAGCAGCAACAACAGCAGCAGCAACAACAACAGCAGCAGCAACAACAGGCCAUGCACAAUGCCAGCAAAUUGAUGGGACUCGGAGCACAUAUGCAUACUGCAAACACUGCUAUGUUCAAUGGUUCUUUGCUGAGCGGCAUGAAGAAUGGCUUCUUUGCUCACGAUAAUAACAAGGAAGCAUUUUCCUCCAUCAGCAGCGUCUCAAGUUCUAUGUCGAGCCCUGCUCUGAGUCCUCGAAAUGUAUCUCCAAUCGAUCCAUGCACACAAUUCGCUGAUGUCAACACUAAUAUAGACUUAUCAAAUGUACUUUCUGAACUGACUCUCACCAAUAGUGCUCGGACAACGAGCAAUGAACAGAAACCGACACAUCUUGAUAUGCAGUCUAACCUGCAAGAUUUUUCAAAUAUGACGUUCGAUUUGGAACAAAAAAAACUUAUGGCUGUCAAGGCCAUGCAAAUUAAACCGAAUUCUAAUGAAUUUAGAGUUCCUACAUCAGUUUGGUCAGGAUAUGGAUUGAGUCAAACAACUCCUGCCAUUGGAACUGUCGAAACUAACAUUACUUCGUUCGAUCAAACGUCGUCCUUAUGGAAAGAUUCGCCAACGUCUACGCAAGACUAUGGCGUGACGUCCACCAAGGAUGAGAGCUCCAAUAACACCAUCACUGGAUUGACGUCUAAUUACCUCGACCAUACGUCUAGCUUCCAAAUAAAAAAGAUUACCACUCAAAAUCACACCGAUCUACCAAGUCUGCUCACCAGUGUGGGUCUUGAAAAAUAUAUUCGCCUAUUUACAUCUCAUGAAGUUGAUAUGGCUACAUUUACCUCGCUUGCAGAAAAAGAUCUCUGUGAGAUCGGUAUUGUCGCUUGGGGAGCUCGACGCAAAAUAAUGCUUUUAAUAUCUGGUGGGUACUUUUUUUUAUGUCAAAAGUACAUUAUUAGUUAUCCGUUCUACAUACUUAUUAUACCAAUUACAGAAUUAAACAAACGAACAAGUUCGUUUUCCGGAAGUGCAGCUCCAGGAGCAGAAAGAAAAUUAGCGGCAUCGGGAACGCCAACAACACCCGUUCGAAAAAAUAGUCUCGAAAGCAGUGCUUGGUAACUGUUUUUUCUUAAUAGUGCGAAGGACGACUCUGUUACGUGAUUCUUGUUCUAUGUUAUAUAUUUUGGAAGUUUGAUGCAUUUUUUGCUUUAUCUUGCUUCACAGAGACACUAGUCCUACGAUUAUAUCCUACUUCGAUAUUAUUUUUUUUUCUUUUUUUUUGCACGCAUUUAUUCUUUGGAGCGCCCGGGAGGUGCGAUUUAGGUGUAAGUGGCAGAAGAAAGUUUUUUUAUUAUUUCUGCUUAUUGUUGUACGCACGCGUAACGAUUGAAUCUGUUCUCCGUUGCGCACGUUCACCUAUCAACGAUAUUCGUUGCAUCCACAAAGUGAAAACGAAAUUAUUGAAAAAAAUAAAAUUCUCGAUUUGUCAUCGAGAGACAAAAAAAAUAUAAAAAAUAUUGUUAAAGUGGAUGCACGUGUAAAUCCCUAAGAGAGAGAGAGAGAGAGAGAGAGAGAGAGAGAGAGAGAGAGAGAGAGAGAGAGAGAGAGAGAGAGAGAGAGAGACAGGCAGACAGGCAGACAGGCAGGCCGAGAGAAGGGAAAGAGCGAAAAAGAGUUUAACGAAGUGAGAGGGAGAGGGAGAGAGGGAGCGAGAGAGAGAGAGAGAGAGAGAGAGAGAAGAGAGAGAGAGAGAGAGAGAGAGAGAGAGAGAGAGAGAGAGAGAGAGAGAGAGAGAGAGAGACGGACAAACAGACAUAGAACACAGAUGCAUUGACGCUGCGAGUAUGCGUGACAUAUUAAGGCGCAUGGGAUUGUGCUAAAUA